AUGGCGUCUGCUCUCUUCUUCCUCGACCUCAAGGGCAAGGCCCUCCUGGCUCGCAACUACAGGGGCGACAUCCCCAUGUCGGCCGUCGAAAAGUUCCCCAUCCUCCUCUCCGAAGCCGAAGAAGAAUCAUCAGCCGUGCCGCCGUGCUUUUCCCACGAGGGCAUCAACUAUUUGUACAUCCGCCACAACAACCUCUACCUCCUCGCCCUCACCAAGCGCAACACAAACGCCGCCGAGAUCCUCCUCUUCCUCCACAAGGUCGUCCAAGUCUUCACCGAGUACUUCAAGGCUCUCGAGGAGGAGUCCAUCCGCGACAACUUCGUCAUCAUCUACGAGCUUCUCGACGAGAUGAUGGACUUUGGCUACCCCCAGACCACUGAGACCAAGAUCCUCCAGGAGUACAUCACCCAAGAGUCCCACAAGCUCGAGAUCCAGGCCCGACCGCCCAUCGCCGUCACCAACGCCGUCUCCUGGCGGUCCGAGGGCAUCCGCUACCGCAAGAACGAGGUCUUCCUCGACGUCGUCGAGAGCCUCAACCUGCUCGUCAGCUCCAACGGCAACGUCCUCCGCAGCGAGAUCCUCGGCGCCAUCAAGAUGAAGUGCUACCUCAGCGGCAUGCCCGAGCUGCGCCUCGGCCUCAACGACAAGGUCAUGUUCGAGACGACCGGCCGCACCACCCGCGGCAAGGCCAUCGAGAUGGAGGACGUCAAGUUCCACCAGUGCGUCCGCCUUUCGCGCUUCGAAAAUGACCGCACAAUCUCCUUCAUCCCCCCGGACGGCGAGUUCGAGCUCAUGUCCUACCGCCUCAACACCCAGGUCAAACCCCUCAUCUGGGUCGAGUGCGUCGUCGAGUCCCACUCGGGCUCCCGCAUCGAGUACACCCUCAAGGCGAGGGCCCAGUUCAAGCGCCGCAGCACCGCCAACAACGUCGAGAUCAUCGUCCCCGUCCCCGACGACGCUGACUCCCCCCGCUUCCGCACCAACAUCGGCUCCGUCCACUACGCGCCCGAGCAGAGCGCCAUUGUUUGGAAGAUCAAGCAGUUUGGCGGCCAGAAGGAGUUCCUCAUGCGCGCCGAGCUGGGUCUUCCGAGUGUCAGGGGCGAUGACGAGCUUGGUGGCGGCAUGACCGGCGGCUUCGGCGGAAGCAUGGGCGGCGUGGGCAACAUGGGCAAGGGGGCCAAGCGGCCGAUCCAGGUCAAGUUCGAGAUUCCCUACUUCACCACGAGCGGCAUUCAGGUCCGGUACCUCAAGAUUACCGAACCAAAGCUUCAAUACCCCUCCCUGCCAUGGGUCCGCUACAUAACACAGUCUGGCGACAUCGCCGUGAGGUUGCCAGAUGCCGUCUGA